AUGGUUAUUUAUUCACGUUCUGAAAAGGAAAACGGAAAAUUUGGAAUGAAAUUUAUCAUCGAAUACCUACAAACGAGGAAUAUAAGCCCUUCUUCUUCUUCUACUGAAUAUAAUAAGAAGUAUAAAAAUGUUUUUGAAAUAAGAUAUUUCGCUUAUUUAAACAACAUCACUGAGAAUGAAAACUUGAAUGAAAAGUUGUAUUUUCAAAAAUCUCAAUUCAGAUUUAUAGGCUACGCUGAUCUUAGUUUUCAUGAUGUUAACUAA